AUGGCCUUCGUGGCGGCCGUCAAGGGGUUUUCCAGGCGCGGGACUCCUGAGGACCAGCCCGGCUGUGGCCACACACUGCUGAGACUGAGCGCCUUGUCCCCGCGCGGGCAGGAGCCCGCGGAGCGGCAGGAGCGCCGCACACCAGGAGCCCGAGGAGGCCACUUCUCCAUCACAGGCUUCGACUUCUCUCAAAAUGGAGGCCAGGGGGAGCCUCAGCCUGGGGCCCAGAGCCAUGAGGCACUUGGCCUGAACUCCAAGGCUUCUGGCACUGCUGCCUUGGCCUUGGCCCAACCUUUAUCCCAGAAGAUGCUACAUGAUGACUGUGACUGGGGCUUCCCUGUGGUGAGUGAGGCCCAGGCAGCCAUCUGCCCCCAGGUAACAACACCACCUGGCUCCCUCUGGGCCUGUAUCCCAAUUCUCCCUGGUACAAUGAGCUCCCUCAAAAGUUUCCCGCCACCCGGCCUGGCUGAGGGGCCCUGGCCACAGCAGCCAGAUACCGAGGCUGGGUUGGAAGAGAAGGGCUUCGGCAUUGGCACCCUUUACAUGGCUGAAAACUGCCUGUCUUGGUUAGAUGACUCUGGAUUAGGAUUCUUACUGGACUACGCCACCAUUAGUUUACAUGCUGUGUCCAGGGACUGAAAUGCUUAUCCACAAGAAUAUUUAUAUGUUAUGGUGAAUGCUAAAUUUGGAGAAGAAUCAAAAGAACCCAUUGCUGAUGAAGAAGAAGAAGAUGGUGAUGAUAAUGUUGAAGGUAUUGCUGAAUUUAGAUUUGUGACUAGUGAUAAAUCAGCAUUGGAAACGAUGCUCACUGCAGUGGGUGAAUGCCAGGCUUUGCACCCAAAUCCUGAGGAUGAAGACUCAGAUGAUUAUGGUGGAGAAGCGUAUGAUGUGGCUCCAUGAAGGCUCCCAUACCA